UUUCAGGUGUUUGAACUCUUUAAAAUGGUGGGGGUGGUCGUCUUCUUGUUGGCAAUUAUGGGAGCAGUUUUUGGAGCACGGGAAGCAUUGAUGGAUGACUACGGAGAAUUUUUGCCGCAUAUUCGACUCGCCAAAGAUUUGACUGACCCGAGGAGAUACGACAGUCGAGUACGUCCUGUGAUGAAUCAUUCCAAACCAACUACAGUCUCGUUUUCUAUGAGCCUUUAUCAAAUUUUAUCCAUUAACGAAAAGCAGCAAAACGUGGAUCUCAACGUGUGGGCAAUUCAAAAAUGGAAUGACGAUUUUCUGGGUUGGAAUCCGUAUCUUUACGGAAUGAUUAACACCACAAUUCUGCCAUUUGACGCUAUUUGGCUACCAGACACUUAUUUGUAUAAUAGCGUGGUAAUGAAUCGAGAAGAAACAGAACGAUACAUAAAUGUUGUUGUAACCACAAAUUAUUGGAAAGGCGAAACGGGUGCAGAGGUGAAGUUUAUGUAUCCGGCAUUGUACAGGACAAGUUGUUUACUUGAUAUCAGAUUCUUCCCAUAUGACCAACAAGCGUGUAAACUAACCAUAUCCUCAUGGACAUCAUCAAAAUCGGAUAUAAACUACGAACCAGAACACGAAUCAGUAAAUAUGGACAAUUUUCUGCCGAAUGAGGAAUGGGUUGUGGUCAGUUUUAAUAUCAAACGAGUCGAGGAGAAGUUCGUAUGCUGUCCCGAGCCAUGGGUACUUUUGGAAGCGGUUUUAGUGGUUAGACGAAAACCAUUGUACUAUAUUGUUAAUUUGGUUAUACCAACUUCUGUUAUCACUUUGGUUGCUGUAACUGGUUUCUUCACUGCUGCUUCAACGAGUUCUGAAAGACGUGAAAAGCUGUCGCUCGGCAUAGAUUCGCUGCUUGCCAUGUCAAUUCUAAUGAUGAUGGUCUCUGAACAAAUGCCAACUUCAUCGGAUUUUGUCCCAUUAUUCGGAAUAUUCUAUCUUUCAAUUAUAUUUAUCAUAUUCAUAGGAACACUAUUCACUGCAUUCAUACUAAAUGUGCAUCUGCAGAAAAUGUACGCAAAACCGGUGUCGCCAAUUGUUUCGUACAUAUUUUUUGGAAGAAUUGCUCAAUGGCUCCGUAUGCGACCACCAACAAUGCUCCUGGAGCUCUGGAAUGAGACAGGUGUAACAUUUGGAAAAGAAGGACAGAAGAACUCGAAGACAAUUCCCAAAAAUCACAAAAUGAUUCCAAAAGUGACGUCAUCAUCGUCAGGGCUUCAUCUUUUAAAGUCGAAUAGUGGAAGUGGAAGGGCUCCACUUGCAGCACCAAUUAGUGCGAGGAGUUAUAUAAGUAUGGAUGAUAUGAAACGGGAAGCCGCACGUCGGAAUUGGCGCCGGUUGGUGGCAAAAAUAAAUUCAAAUAAGCAAAAUGGAGUGAAAAUAGUUGGUGGUGGGGAACGUGGUCAACUUCGUCAAGCUAACCGGAAGAAAAUGGCUCCAUCUGCAAUUUCAGUACCACACGGGGAGCCGGGACCAUUGAUGUUAAGUGCUUCUGCAAUUUCAGCAUUUUCGGUGACAGGGGAUUCGACGAUUUUGGAGAGCAAAUUGAAAAGAAGAUACGCAUUGGAAUGGGAAUAUCUGGCAUCAGUGCUCGACCGUGUAUUACUCAUUGUCUUCUCAUUGGUCGUAUUCGCUGUCACUUCAAUCAUGAUCCUGGUAGGAGAAGCUAUGCAUUUGUCAUACGAGCUUGCCGCUAAGGAAUUAUAAUUUCUAACACACAUACACACUCACCUCCCAUUUCCUAAUUUUUAAAUUUUCAAAUUACCGCCCGUUUUUGUCCUGGAUUUUCGUCUGGUUGCUUCUAUUCUUGUCCCAUAUUGACCCGUUUAUUUAUUUCUUAAUUCCAAGUUUUGUAACAUGUACUUGUCCAUUGUGUGCUUGCUUUUUUAAUUUUUGAAUUGAAUUGAACCGUUUUUUGUGACAUGCUUCUCAUAAUUUGCUUGUCUUGCUGUGAAAAUUAAAUAAAAAUGUACCAAGUGAUUGUAAAAU